AUGUUUCUCUAUUUUGUGUUCGAUCAAAAAAAAAGGGUGGUCAUACUAGGAGAUUUUAACUUACCUGAUAUAGAUUGGCACUACUAUCAUGGUCCAGAAAGUGUUAUACAUAACUCUUUUUCACAUUUUACAAACAGAUAUAGUCUCAUUCAGAAUGUUGAUCAACCAACUCGAGAAAAUAGCAUCUUAGAUCUUAUUUUAAGUUCUUUCUCUUCAUUUAUCAGUAAUCUCGGUAUUGAGCCACCUAUUGGUACUAGUGAUCAUAAUGUAAUCAUAUUCACUCCUAAUUUGAGCUGCUUAUAUAACAAAACUGAACUUCCAGUGCAACAGUUCUUCUGUUGGAAAAAUGCAGAUUACCAAGUUAUCAAUAAAUAUCUGAAAUUGGUCGAUUGGAGGAUUAUCUUUCAAACAUGUUUUAAUAUUGAAACUUGUUGGCAUGCGUUUUCUACUAUACUAAAUAAAAUUAUUACACAAUAUAUACCUAAAGUGCGAGUCUGUGAAGAGCAUAAGUUAUCACAUAAAAUACACUUUCCUUAUUAUGUUAAAAGGUUAAUAAACAACAAAGCAAUAGCAUGGAAAAAAUCAAAUGUAACAGGUAAAUAUAUUGACAAAGCAGCCUAUAAAUCAAUUGCCGCACAAUGUUCUGAUUCCAUUAGAAAGUAUCAUGCAGCAAAAGAACUUACGAUGAUACGCAAAGACAACCUUGGCAGUUUCUUUAAUUUUGUCAAUGGAAAACUCAAAAACUGUAGUAAAUUCAAUGACAUUCGUCGAUCCGUUAAAACCCUUUGUCAUGAUAAAGAAGAAAUAUCCUGUAUUUUUAAUAACUAUUUUGCAAGUGUUUUUACAGUCGAUAAUGGUUUAUCACCAAAGUUUACGGAUCGUGUUAACGUACAUUCAACUUGUCUGUCAUCUGUUAGUUUCUCUCCUUCUACAGUCGAAAAAGCACUAAGAGCGCUUAAACCCACCACAUCUACUGGUCUAGAUGGCAUUUCCAAUGUUUUCCUAAAAAAUUGUGCCAAUAGUUUAUCGAUUCCCUUAAGCCAUUUAUUUGAUACCUCAUUUAAAGAUGGUGCUAUACCGCUAAACUGGAAAAAUGCAAGCGUUAUUCCAAUUCACAAAAAAGGACCAACAGUUAACCCAGGUAAAUAUAGACCUAUCUCCUUGACAUCUACUUGUUGUCGCGUAAUGGAAAGAAUCAUUAAUAACAAACUGAUUAAUUAUCUCUUACUCAAUAACCUAAUCACAAAAAAGCAGCAUGGUUUAAUUCGUAAACGUAGUACGUGUACUAAUAUUCUUGAAAAUCUUCAUGAGUGGACUUUAAAUGUUUAG